AUGCUUUUGAACCGGCGAGCUCCCGCUUUGACGCUUUCGGCAAUAAACUCGGUCCACGGGCUUCGGACUAUUCUUCUCUUUCUGCUCUUCUAUAUUUUACUCAUUAUGGCCGCGCUCAGACAGUCCUCCCGUGACCCAGGCUCAAUAUUUUUUGAUCCAACAAAGGCCUAUGAUCCCAUCUAUUCAACUAUCAGGCUUGAGCAGGCGGCUUCUUUCAUCGAUAGAGCAAACAAUGCUACAGGGCCUCAGAAAUCAAGAGUUUCAGGGCAACCUAAACUUUGCUUGGGAAUUGCUAUCAUUGCUCGAAAGGGAGCCAGUUAUUUCCAAGCCACUGUAGGCACAUUCCUGGAGGGUCUGAGCGAGGAAGAAAGAGCAAUUAUCCACUUGAUUCUAUUCAUCGCACACACAGAUCCAUUGCAGCAUCCUGCGUAUGAAGAGCCGUGGUUAGAUAAGCUAGCAGACCAGGUCUUGUUAUACAAUGCCUCCGAGGUCGACAUUAACUAUCUACGGUCCCUAGAAACAGAGAAAGCCAAAAUAGUAGGGCGUGAGAAGGUUCUCUUUGACUACAUAUAUCUGUUGAAGGCAUGUGCAUCCGUUGACACGCCAUAUGUUAUCAUGCUCGAAGACGAUCUUGUCGCUUUAGAUGGAUGGUAUCAUCGCACUCAAGCUGCUUUGGCCUCCGCUGAAGAACAGACCCAAGAAUUGGGAGCGGCGAAUUGGCUAUACCUGCGACUUUUUUAUACCGAAGAAUUUUUCGGCUGGAACGCCCAAGAGUGGCUUACCUACCUUCUUCUUUCUAUUCUUGUCACCUGCUUAGUCGCCUGCGUUCUCCUGCUCUUCCGAAAACUCAACUCCCGUGCCCAGCUGAAUAUGACAAUUAUUCUUUUGUGUGCUAUCUCCACACCCUUGUUGAUUGGACUCUUCUUUGCCAUGGGCCGAGUGACAAUGCUCCCUCACUCAAACGGCGUACAUCAAAUGCCCAAAUUUGGAUGUUGUUCACAGGCCUUGGUCUUUCCCAGGUCACGGAUACCGGAACUUGUGGCGCUAUACACAUCCAAGCGCAUCGGGUACGUCGACAUGCUCACUGAGGAAUAUGCAAAUGCGAGAAAUUAA